AUGACGUUUAAUAUCACCAUUGGGCCAAGCCCGCAUGGCUCGGAUCAUUCUUCUUUUUCCGAUGAAGAGGAUUCGUCCGGUGUGCAAGUAUCCCCGCCGUCCGAUUCAGGAAGCCAUGACUACCAGGACCCCUAUGAUGAAUGGGCACACCUACCUUACCCCGACGAAUUGAAACCAUCCGAUUCCGCCUCUCGACCUAGAACGUCACAUCGAACCCGUAGUCGCAACCAGAUCCAUGGCUCGUCAUCGGGCCGUCGUCACUCCGGCCCGAGACGCCAUCAUAUCAUCCAGGAACGAGAAUAUCCCCGUCAACCUCGCCGUCAUCCUUCCCCAGAGUCGCCAGAAAGCGCGGAUUCGGCGGAUGAGUAUGGCGCCCCUUAUGCUCGGACCUCUCACGACCGGCGGCUCUGGCCACCCCUGGCCCAAGGACCGGGCUAUCCUCACAACACUUCUCCCGGCCCUUCUUAUAUGUAUCCAAAUGGAGCUGCACCGCAUGCUCCCUUCGCACACCCAGGCGGUUUUCACCAACCAUCCGAUCAGCUUAUAAGAUUAGGGCACCACGACCAGGUCAACCAACCAACUUCGUACGGAAACUCCAUGUACCCAUAUCACCAUCACCAACUACAACAGUCUCACGGCCCUACCAUACCUCCUUUCUACCUGGAGCACCAUCCUGGGCACCACCCACAUCACCUGGCAUCUUCCCACAACCGGGCCGACGGACACAGUCCUGGCCAGCAUCCUGUGCCGCACCCCCAUGCCUUUCAAUCGCAUAGUCCACCCCCUUACGGUGGCCCUCCGUUGAGCCCGCACGACCUCAUCCCUUACCAAUCGGGAGGAUACUAUCAGCUCAGGGAGCCCUACAACAUGGUUUCCGGGAUGAUGCCGCCUUACUUCAACCCGUAUCCCCGCGUACCAUCUCCGAGCCAGGUCGAAUCAAGUGGAUCCCCACCACCAGCGCCUGUCGACGCAGCGAAGGAUGAGGCUAUAGCAAGACUCGAGAAGUUAAUAUUAGAGGAAAGAACGGAACGGGAGGCACGAGAGGCGCGAGAAGCUGCCCGGCAAGCGGCAAUAGAACAAGAAGCCGUUGAGCAAGCAGCGCGAGAAGAGCGAGCCGCGCAUGAGAAAAGGAUUGUCGAAGAGGCAGCCGCAAAAGCGAGAGCUGAGGCGGAGCAAAAGGCAGCCGAGGAAGCAGCCAAAGCAAAACUGGAAGCUGAGGAAGCGGCGGCGGCGGCGGCGGCAGAGGCGGCGGCGGCAGCCACCGAGGCAGCCAACCAAGCAGCAGCAGAAGCUGUUGCCGCAGCCACGGCAGCGGCUUCAAACAAACCCGUCCCCGAGAAGAAAAAGCCUAUCAAGUUCAAGGAUGCUGUUGGCAGGAAGUUCAGUUUUCCGUUUGAGUUGUGUUGCACUUGGCAGGGCAUGGAAGAGCUUAUACGGCAAGCAUUUCUCCAUAUCGAAGUCAUUGGUCCACAUGUUGCUGAAGGACACUAUGAUCUAAUUGGCCCUAAUGGUGACAUUAUACUACCACAGGUCUGGGAAACCGUUAUAGAACCGGAUUGGGCGAUAACCAUGCACAUGUGGCCAAUCCCCGAAAAGCCGAAAACCCCAGAGCCUCCGCCGCCCCCAGAACCUCCAGCCUCAGAAGAACCGGCUGUCAUUGAUGUUCCAGCUGCGCCCGAGGACGCCGCCGUUGCUCCUGUGGCAGAGGAGACCAAAAAGAAGGCAGACCCAGCAGGGACAAAAAAGCCGCGAGCAAAGGCUCCUGACCCUGGCGCUUUUGCCAUGUGGAUGGUCGGCAGUAACCGCUUGAGAUUAAACAAGGCUUUAAAAGUGGGAAAAAAGCCUAGGGUGAUACAGCAACACGCGAAUACUUGUCGCGUGAUGUGA